GCGCACCAGGAAGUCCAGCCGCUGUUGCUGUCAUCUGACUGUGACGCAGGCGCUUCCCGAAAGUCAACAGCAACAGGGGAAAAACUCAACAUGGCUCCCAAAGUUGAACUUCCUAACGCUGCAGCGAUCGUCUGGCUGAUAUUCCUGUCUCUGAUCCCCCCGGCGGAGGCUUACGAUGCGGGCGAUGCAUUAGCCCUGCUGCUGGGCACCAUCGUGACCGGGGUGGGUUUCUGUGCCUUCCUCGGCUGGUACGCGCGGAAGCGGAACGGACAGCAGUGAAAGACGCUUCUCUUGAUCGUUCGCCUGUCCUGUCCUGUUAUCAUCCACCGCAUUAAUAUCUCUCUGUCUGAGUUAACGUGGACCUUCUGGCACAGGGUUUGUGUCGAAGCAACUGAUAAGAUACGUGCCUUAUUGGACUAAUGCGUCAAACACAACGGGAACCACGUGCCCUCUUUUGCAGAAGGUGGAGGGAAACAUCCAGGAAGUCCUAAAACAGGAAAUGUAAUUUGUUGCACUGCUGAGACCAAACACUGUUGCCUUAUAUAUAAGGACUGCUGCAUAUAUAGGCUACUGUAUAUUAUCCCAAGGAUGCUUGCAUUGGAUAUUGCGCAUAUACUCUCCAUGCUUGGAGUGAUCACUGAUUUCCUGAUUCAUUGUUUGAAGCACAAUCUCACAAGUGUGGCUAGAUGAAAAGAGUGGAGCUGUUGUAGUAGCAAUUUCUGUGGUUAAAAUAUGUGACAAAAGCUGUGAGAAUAAUAAAUUGAUUAAUCUGAUGCUCUUCUCAA